UUUAUCUGCUACUACUUGAAAACCCAUUUUGCGAAAUCUCUCAAAUCACGAUUCACGAGUCUUCGUCCUAAACCCCCGUGACCGUGAGAGCCUGGCAUAGAGUGAGAAAGAAGCAAGAAAAAUGCAUUACUGGGUACGAGCUUCGUCCUCUGAUUUCACUGGAACUCUUCCCCAACCUCGCAGCGGACACACAGCUGUGAACAUUGGCAAGUCGAAGAUCGUGGUUUUCGGUGGCCUUUUCGACAAGAAUUUCCUCAGAGACAUCACUGUUUACGACAUCGAAAACAAAUUAUGGUAUCAGCCAGAGUGCACUGGCAGUGGAAGUGAUGGGGAGGUGGGACCUAGUCCGCGAGCAUUCCACGUUGCUGUUUCAAUUGAUUGCCACAUGUUUAUUUUUGGUGGGCGUUCAGGUAGUAAAAGGCUGGGUGACUUCUGGGUCCUAGAUACAGAUAUAUGGCAAUGGUCAGAGCUUACCAGCUUUGGUGACUUGCCAUCACCACGGGAUUUUGCUGCUGCUUCAGCUAUCGGAAACCGUAAGAUUGUUAUGUAUGGAGGAUGGGAUGGUAAAAAAUGGUUGUCAGAUGUCUAUGUCAUGGACACAAUGUCUCUUGAGUGGAUGGAGCUAUCAGUUUCUGGAUCAUUGCCACCACCUAGAUGUGGUCACACAGCUACUAUGGUUGAGAAACGGUUGCUGGUCUAUGGUGGCAGAGGUGGUGGAGGGCCCAUUAUGGGUGACUUAUGGGCUCUGAAAGGUCUUAUUGAAGAAGAAAAUGAAACUCCUGGAUGGACCCAACUGAAGCUUCCUGGUCAAGCUCCUUCACCUCGUUGUGGUCAUACCGUCACAUCUGGAGGGCACCAUCUCUUGUUAUUUGGAGGGCAUGGAACAGGUGGUUGGUUGAGUCGAUAUGAUGUUUAUCAUAAUGAUUGUGUCGUCUUAGACAGAGUUUCUGCGCAGUGGAAGCGCUUGCCCACAAGCAAUGAACCCCCUCCUGCACGAGCAUACCAUUCUGUAACCUAUGUUGGGUCACGUUAUUUGCUAUUUGGUGGUUUUGAUGGCAAAACAACAUUUGGUGAUCUAUGGUGGUUGGUUCCUGAAGAGGACCCUAUUGCAAAACGGACGCCGUCAUCUCCACCAAGAAAUGGUCCUGAAAAUAAGGAUGUGGCAAUGGCAAAUGAUGCUCUCCAAUCUACAGUCUCGGAAAGUGGAAUUAAGGGGUCUGCAGUAUCAGAGUUACAGAAAAGGUUGGAGAUUUUUGUCUCACUUUCUAGCCCGGAGCUUCAAAUCACUGAAGAAAUGGAGGACAAAGAAUUUCUUGAACUAGCAUCAUGGUUGAGUGUAGAAACUGUUGCUGGCACUGAACAGAUUUCACAUAAUCAGGCAGCUGAGGCAGUUCGUAAUCACUGGAGAAAAUCCACACCGAAGUCAAUACCUUUGAAGGAGCUGAGCCCCUUACUUCGUGACUACCAACGCUUGAUUGCACGUCAUCACCUAAUGAAGGUUGGAUCUGAUUUACAAUCCAUUGAAUCUGAUUUUUCUGGAAAGCAGUCAUAUCAUUUCUACCAUAUGAGAAACGCUUCGCAGUUGCGCAUGGAUGAUAUCCCAAAACUGCUGGAAGAGUACAAGCGGCUUCAAUCCAAUUAAAGAACAAUACACAUACCUAUCUUUUGUAAAGACAGUAACUUAUUAAACAACAGUAUGGAGAUCUUUUCUAAGAAAGCGAACAGAAAGUUGCCAGAAGGUCCUUGUCGUUUUAUUCUUUUUUAACUAACUGUGAUUGGUUUGAAAUGCCAGUUAUUGUGGUCAAGUACAAGUAACCUUUGUUGAUGAUGAUAUAAAAGGUACCAACUUGUUUGAAGUUAUGAACUAAA